ACCUAUAUGUAGAUCCUUUCACUGUUACACUUAUUUAGUUAAACAAGUCCACAAAUUUUGAAUUCAAUAAUGGGGGUUGUCUUCUCGGCUCUCGUUCUGUUCUUCACCAUCAUCACAAGUUUUUCCUCCACUCUAACAACAUCCGCUUCACCAGCUCUCCAUCCAGAUGAAUUGAAAGCGCUUGGGGAGAUAGCUACUACACUUGGAAUCAAGAGACUCAACCUAAGUGAUGGAGAUCCUUGCCUUUUAAAAACUCUUAAACUCGGUGUUGUUUCGAAUCCGGAUUCGGAUGUGGAAAACAUUAUUCUUUGUGAUUGUAGUUUCAACAACAACAUGACAUGUCAUAUUAUAGAACUAAUACUCAAGUCCGUAAGUCUUUCAGGGAAACUCCCGCCUGAGUUGGCCAAACUUCAGCAUCUCCAGAAGAUAAACCUGUGCCGAAACUACCUUUCUGGCUCAAUCCCAAUGGAGUGGGCUUCAAUGCCAAACCUCACUUCCAUCUCGUUCUGCGCAAAUCGUUUGUCUGGGCCAUUACCUCCUGGUUUACAAAACUUUAAGAGUCUAAAAUUCCUAGGGGUUGAAGCCAACCAGUUCUCUGGUCCUAUUCCUGAUGAGCUUGGUAACAUGAUCAACCUAACAGGAUUGGAACUUGCAUCCAAUCAAUUUACAGGAAGCCUUCCUAGCUCUCUUGCUAGACUCGUAAAUCUUGAGAAAUUUAGGAUAAGUGAAAAUAACUUCAGUGGCACCAUCCCAGAAUAUAUUGGCAACUGGUCUCGGCUUACAAGGCUAGAUCUACAAGCAAGUGGACUGAAAGGACCUUUUCCUGACGCAGUGGCCCGCCUAGAAAAUCUUACCAAUCUGUUUAUUAGUGAUAUGACCGGGAUAAACUCUUUUCCUAAUAUAUCUAGCCAAGCCAUCAAAGACCUGGUUUUGAGGAAUGUGAGUAUGUCUGGUAAAAUUCCUUCUUACAUUUGGAGUAAACCAAACUUGAGAUCUCUUGAUUUAUCGUUUAACAAGUUGACCGGUGAAGUUCUUGGAAUAAACCCAGUACCAAAAUUUACUUACUUGACUGGCAAUAUGCUUUCCGGGGAAAUUAAAUCUGGUGUUUACCUCAACAGCAGAUCAAAUAUUGACCUCUCUUAUAACAAUUUCUCAUUGCCGUUUAGCUGCCAAGAAAGGAGUAACAUUAAUACAUACCGGAGCUCAUCCUUAAAGAACACUUUAACUGGUCUUCUUCCAUGCGCUGGUCCAAUCACUUGCAAGCACUAUAAGCGAUCGCUACAUAUAAACUGUGGUGGGGAAACUGUGACUGUUACAAACUCUAUUGGUAAAAUCACUUAUCAAGCUGAUAACAGUGAUCAGGUCAAAGCCGCUACAAAUCAGCACUUCAAGAACUGGGGAAUUAGCAACACUGGUGACUUUAUGGAUGAUAAUAGAGAUGAAGAUACGUACAUCAUUUCUACUAGUUUGACACUACCUGGAGAUUCUCCUGAUCUUUAUAAGACUGCGCGUCGAUCUGCUCUCUCUCUUGUUUAUUAUGCGUUUUGCUUGGAAAAUGGAGAAUAUAAUUUGAAACUUCAUUUUAUGGAGAUUCAGUUUUCAGAUCAAGAACUAUAUAGUCGUCUAGGUAGACGCAUAUUUGAUGUCUAUGUUCAGGGGAAAUUGUUCUUGAGGGAUUUUAACAUCAGACAGGAGGCUAAUGGCACUCUGAAGUCUAUUGUGAAAGAACUGAAAGCUGUUAAUGUGACGGAUCAUAAGUUAGAGAUAUGGUUGUAUUGGGCGGGUAAAGGGACAACACUCAUACCCAAAAGAGGAAACUAUGGUCCUCUUAUCUCUGCAAUCUCCUUGUGCCACAGCCUGGAGCAACAUUGUGGAGUGGAGAAAACCAAACAUCACAUCAAUUAUCCACUAAUUUUUGGGGUAACGGGUCCCUUGGUAGCAAUUAUUUUCUUGGGUUUGGGAAUAUUCUAUGCUCACAGAAAAUUCAGACAGGGCAAGAAAAAGAGAGAAAGAGACUUGAGAGCACGGGGUCUGCAAACUGUUUGCUUUACAUGGAGGCAACUGCAAGCUGCAACUAAUGAUUUUGAUGAAGCCAACAAACUUGGAGAAGGAGGUUUCGGUUCUGUAUUCAAAGGAGAGCUGCCAGAUGGAACUAUCAUAGCAGUGAAGCAGCUUUCUUCCAAGUCAUGCCAAGGAAACCGUGAGUUUGUGAAUGAGAUAGGCAUGAUCUCUGGUCUGAAUCAUCCAAACCUUGUCAAGCUUUAUGGAUGCUGUGUCGAAAAGGAUCAAUUGCUACUUGUGUAUGAGUACAUGGAAAACAACUCCCUUGCUCUUGCUUUGUCUGGAAAGAGCUCCUUGAAACUGGACUGGGCAGCAAGAAAGAAAAUCUGUGUGGGAAUCGCAAAAGGGCUUGAAUUUCUCCAUGAAGGAGCUGCGAUGAGAAUGAUUCACCGUGACAUAAAAACUCCCAAUGUGCUUUUAGAUGCCGACCUUAGUGCAAAGAUAUCUGACUUUGGAUUGGCUAGGCUCCACGAAGAAGAACACACUCACAUUAGCACCAAGAUUGCAGGAACCAUCGGAUAUAUGGCUCCAGAAUAUGCUUUAAUGGGUCAUUUGACCGAGAAAGCAGAUGUGUACAGCUUUGGGGUUGUGGCAAUGGAGAUUGUUAGUGGGAAGAGUAAUACAACACAAAAGGGAAGCGAUGACAAUGCCCUACUUAUUAAAUGGGCCAUGACACUGCAACAGAAAGGGGACAUAAUGGAGAUUGUAGAUCCGAAGCUCGAAGGUGAGUUCAACAGCCUAGAAGCAGAGAGGAUGAUCAAAGUUGCUCUUGUUUGCACAAAUGCAACUCCUUCUUUACGUCCACUCAUGUCAGAGGCUGUGAAAAUGCUGGAGGGGGAGAUGGAAAUUCCACAGAUUAUGUCAGGUCCUGCCGUGUAUGGACAUGAUUUGAACUUUUCAAAGCUGAUGGAGAUGCAAGAGUCAACAUCCAUGUCUUGCUAUGGUCUGUCCCCAUUUAAUCAAGAAUCAGCCACCUCAAACUCCACAGCAGAGUUUUCUUCUUAGUCAUUAGAGUAUCAAAGGCUGUGAACAUUGCCUUUUCUCUUGAAUUAACUUCAAACUCCAUAUCUUUUUUUUUUUUGAAAGAAUUUUACAUUUAUUCACUUAAAAAAACCUUUGUACUGUUACGAAAGUCAAAAA